AAAAAAAAUCCUGAACUACCGAGAAACAAUCCCUCCAUUUCCCCCGGCUGUCCCCAAUCCAAGCCGCGCGUCCGCCGACCGCCGGUGGGGGUUGCCGGAGGGGUUUCAGCAAUUCCCACCCGCUAGCGGCCGCUGGCGAAGCCGAGGAAUUCCACGGAACUACGGCUCAGACCCCGAGCACACACAUGGCGCCGCUCCCACCACCGGCGGCAGCGGCUGCCUCCCCGACCUGCUGGGUCUCGCUCCACGCCCCCGGCCCCCGCGGCCGCAGCGCUUCCUUCCCCGCCGCCCCGUGCUCCGCCAGAAGGUUCUCCAGAUUCGUAGCCAGGAGUAGCGGCGGCGGCGGCGGGACCAAUCCAGGGCCCAAACCAGGUGACGAUGAGAGCAAGGCUGUGCUUGACGCCUUCUUCCUUGGGAAGGCCUUCGCCGAGGCGCUGACCGAGAAGGUGGAGUCGGUGGUGGGCGAGGUGUUCAGUGUGGUGGGGCAGUGGCAAGCCGAGCAGCAGAAGCAGGUCCAGGAGUUCCAGGAGGAAGUAAUUCAGAGAGCCCAAAAGGCAAAGGAGAGAGCUGCUAUGGAGGUCGUUGACGAGAAGAGCCCGAAGACUUUAAGGGAACCUUCAAAAACAUUUGUGGCGCCUGCACCUGCGACAUCGACACCUCCUCCCCCUACUCCCACACAGGAAGAAUAGCUAUAGGUGGUGAUGAAGAGUUAGUGCUGCAUGAAGAUGCUUUUUGUAAUCCAAGUAAGAGAUUCUCCGGUGGCAUGUAACCCUGAAAUGCCCUUUUCUUCGUUAGUGAAUAUCCGGCAUUUCAAUUAAAAGAAUGGAUGGUUUAAUUUUCACAUAAUGAGAUUUAUAAGUUUACUUUGGAUCUUUGAGAUUUUUUUUUUUUUUUUGCAAAUACAAUUAUAAGAAAGCCGAUA